CCUGUGCAGAAAGUGCAACUUACCAAACCCCCACAAAAAUGGACAUUCUUUGCAGUUGGACUUUGAUUUCAUCUCUUGUCAUCGCAAUAUCAAUUUCUCUGUCCUACAUUAUUUUCCAUCUUUAUAGGAAUACCAAAUUGAAAAACUUCCCCAAAAAAUUAACUUGGACACUUCCUUUAGGCACUCUUGGAUGGCCACUUCUUGGGGAAACCAUGGAGUUCAUCUCUUGUGCCUAUUCAGACCACCCUGAGAGCUUCAUGGAUAGACGACGUCGUAAGUAUGGUAAUGUAUUCAAGUCCCACAUAUUUGGGAAACAAACCAUAAUAUCAACGGACGCAGAGGUGAACAGGUUUAUACUACAGAGUGAUGCAAAGUUGUUUGUGCCUUGUUAUCCAAAAUCUUUAACUGAAUUAAUGGGGAAAUCUUCAAUCCUUCUCAUUAAUGGAAGUUUGCAAAGGAGAAUCCAUGGACUUAUUGCUUCUUUCUUCAAAUCAUCACAUCUUAAAGCUCAGGUCACAAGAGACAUGCAAUGUUAUGUCCAACAAGCUAUGGAUACAUGGGUUGAUAAUAUUCAUUCCCCUAUUCUCAUCCAAAAUCAAGCCAAACAUAUUGCUUUUCAAGUGCUGGUAAAAGCACUGAUUAGUCUGGAUCCAGGGAAGGAAAUGCACUUCUUAAAAAAGCAGUUUCAAGAGUUUGUUUCAGGACUCAUGUCCUUGCCUGUCAACUUACCUGGAACUCAACUUUAUCGGUCAUUACAGGCAAAGAAGGAAAUGGUGAAACUAAUGAAGAAAAUAAUAGUGACUAAAAGGAAUAAAAUGAUCCAAGGAGCAGACCCAAAUGAUGUGUUAGAUGUUCUGUUAAGUGACCAAAGUGGGCAAUUAACAGAUGAUUUAAUGUCUGAUAAUAUGAUUGAUAUGAUGAUUCCAGGGGAAGAUUCUGUCCCACUUCUUAUUACUCUUGCCAUCAAAUAUCUAUCAGAUUCUCCAUUAGCCCUCCAAAAAUUUACGGAGGAGAAUGUGAAAGUUAAUAAGCUUAAGGCAAGGUUAGGGGAGCCCAUGUAUUGGAAUGAUUACCUUUCAUUGCCUUUUACACAAAUGGUAAUUACAGAGACGUUGAGGAUGGGAAAUAUAAUCACGGGGUUAAUGAGAAAAGCCAUGAAAGAUGUGGAGAUAAAAGGGUAUUUAGUACCGAAGGGAUGGUGUGUUCUUACCUAUAUUAGAUCAGUUCACCUUGAUGACACCUUAUACGACACGCCUUACCAAUUUAAUCCUUGGAGAUGGCAGAACAAAGAUACAAAUAGUAGUAGCUUCACCCCUUUUGGUGGCGGACAAAGGCUUUGCCCUGGCUUGGAUUUGGCUAGAUUGGAAGCCUCCAUUUUCCUCCAUCAUUUUGUUACAAAAUUCAGGUGGGAGGCUGAGGAUGAUUCAAUAGUUCAUUUUCCUACAGUAAGGAUGAAAAAGGGAAUGCCAGUUUGGGUCAAAAGGAGAAGAGACCCUUGAGUUGUACUCCCUCCAUUUCUUUUUGAUGUAUCCAUUUGGAAUCUGGUGUGGUUUUUAAGAAAAUUGGAAUAUUGGUUUGUGUGGGUAUAAGUGUAAUGAUUGAGUGUAAGAGAAAUGAUUGAGUGUAAGAGAUUAUAAUAAAUAAAGGAGUGAGAAAAUAAUAAAGAAAUAAGGUAAGAGAGAGGAGUGAUAAUGAUGGGUGAUAAAGGAGGUGAGAGAGUGGGUAUAUGGGGAAGGGAAAAGAAUUAAAUAUUAUGGGUGGGAAAAAUUAUGUGGGAAUUUGGGUAGAAUCUUUAGGUAUUUUGGUAAUUAGAUAGAAAUGUAAGGGUAUUUUAGGAUAAAAUGUAUGUCCAAAAAUAGAAUAGAUUCUAAAUGGAUACAACAAUAUGAAACGCUUAAAAUGGAAACGGAUACAACAAAAAGAAACGGAGGGAGUAACUUGUAAGGGUACAUUGCCAAACAAACAAAGCUAAAAACAAAAAUGGACUCUUUCAAUGCCAACUUUAUCCCUCACUCUUAUGCAAUCAACACAAUUUUAGAUGAUAAUGAAGCAAACAAACAAAAUCUUCCUUCCAGCUGCACACGUGUGGAUGGGCAUCACUGCACUGACAAGUUUGUCCUUCUAUAAAUAUAUACGGAAUACUCCGUAUCCUUCUUUUCA